AUGCCGCUCUCAACUUUACCUAUUGAGAUCAUCUGCAUGAUCGGAGAGCGUAUCCCAACACAAGCUGGCGUCAAAGCGUUCAUGAUGAGCCAUCGACUGGCUUAUAGCCUGCCUCAGCUACGAGAAGCAUUAUACAAUAGAACCAGAGAAAAUCGGUUAAAUUUUGUGCUGAGCUGGGCAUGUCAGAAAAACAAUCAAGACUUGGCUCUCGCGAUGCUGCAGCUGGGGGCGACUAAUAGAUGCGACGACAGAGGUGAGUCCUGUGGACCUUUGAUACUCGCCGUGGAAGAGGGAAACAAAGAGAUAGUCAAGCUUCUCCUGAAGCAUGACCCGAGUAUCGUCCACGCGACAAGCGGAUGUGGAGAUAGAGCGCUCAAGAUUGCAAUUUCAAGAGGACAUAUCGAGGUUGUGAAGAUUCUCCUUACUCAAUCAAUUAUUGACCCAUCCGAAAAUCAACAAGACCUCGAUGAGAUCAUGGGAGGUUCUUAUCACCUUAAAAACAAAGAACCGCUCAAUGAGGCUCUAGCUGGGGGAAACGAAGAGUUAGUGCGAAUCUUAAUGGAGGAUGGGCGAUUCAAGUUGGAUCGUAAUAGCUUGUCUGCAGCUUCAGAAGGAGGCAAUGAAAUUCUCGUCAAAAUGUGUCUGCAAGGAGCAUUCCACAGAGACCAGUACUGGGAAAAGUGCCCGCUCUCUUGCGCCGCAUCCGAGGGACACGAGGGCAUUAUGAGACUGUUGUUGGACGAUGGCAGACUGGAUCCCAGCGAGAAAGACAGGUAUGGCCGAACACCACUUCACUGUGCUGCAUCUGGAGGACACGAGAACCUUGUCAGAAUACUCCUCGACCGAGAUGAUGUCGACCCUGACGUGAAAGACAUGAGCACGGUAACCCCACUCUCCGAUGCUGCGAAGUGCGGUCAUACGGGUGUCAUGAAGCUACUACUAGGAUCUGACAAGGUCGAUCCAGAUACCCGAGAUAGUAUGCGACGCACACCAUUAUCCCAUGCAGCAGUGAACGGGGAGCCAGCAGCAGUGAGUUUCUUACUUGCGACAGGCAAAGUGGAUCCGGAAUCUAAGUGUUGUAUGGGUCGAACGCCAUUAUCUUGGGCUGCCCACAUUGGAGUCCGUGAUAAUUUCAAAAUACUGCUGGAAACGCGACGUGUCGACCUCAAUUCCAGGGAUGAAGAUGGAAGGACACCCCUAUCCUUGGCUGCCGGAAGUUUGCAUUAUUCGAACAAUUACAAGCACAACGGUACAGCAGAGGCAUAUCCCGAUAUCGCACAGGAAUAUCGCGAUAUCUGCCAUCUUCUACAAGGGAGAACAGAGAUGGCAUUCCCUCCUGCCCAGGAGUCACGGCCACGGGGAACUUGUGGAGCGCCACCCAGGUAUGACCCACUCGAUAUUAUCGAGCAACUUCUCGCGUGCGACAAGGUCAAUCUCGAUGCCCCGGAUCAUAAGGGCCAGACACCGUUGAUGUGGGCUGCACAAACACACCAGGUUGAUGCGGUCAGGCUGCUCAUGGCUACGGGGAAAGUGAAUCCACAACGACGCGACAAUGACGGCUGGACGGCGGAAACUCAUGCUGAGAAGCGCCGCAAGCCAACAAGGCCUGCCUAUGACACGACUGGCUGGGAUGCCUGGAAAAACUCAUUUGACGGAUUAUCAUAG